UUUAAUUGAUUCGAUUUGCGGUCAGUGCCGUACACGACGUCGUUCGAAGUACUUCUGAACUCGUUUCGUUAAAAUAACAUAUAUUUCUCUUCAUUAGACGGAUAAAUUGAUUGUUUCCAUAGUUGAUACAGUUUAAAACAAUAGAAGCACCAUGGUCAACGCCUGGUUUGUCUUGUUAACAGUCGCUGCUAUCGUAUCGAUAGCAGUAGAAGCCGGUCAACACGAUCAUUACUUCAUACUCGGCGCUCACAAAGAUCCAAGAUGUCAUGGCCCAAAGAUAACCAAUUGUAAUUCAUCUAUUUAUCCGAUUAUGGAUUACAAAGAGGCUGCGUGGUUUUAUCAUAUACCUUUUAAAUCAUGUCGACCGUUGUAUACAGCUGGGGGUGUACACGUUUGUUCUGCUAACAUGGAUUUACCGAUUUCUAAAGAAGAAUGCGAACGUAUAUGUGGUGAAACGUGUAAAUUAGAUGAUGGCUCUGAAGGGAUAUGUUCGUUUGACGAAUUUUGCAAAAACGCGGGAAACAAGUCUGGUAAUACAAGACCAUGUCGAGCAUACAAUGUAAAAUGUUGUCCAAAAAAUCCAAAUUCGACUAAUUCUAAUACUAUUAGUAGAAGACAGAACUUGGUCAACAAUAAUCCACAAAAUAACUUGGACAUACAAAACGACGAAUCGAUGUCAUUCGAGGAAGAAGAAAUGUUAUCAGAAAGUAUAGUUGACACUGUUGGUGAGAAAGUCGUUAAUAAUGUAAUGAAUUGGUUGCCCUCGGAAAUUGAGUUGGAAGGAGUUAUUCACCGGAUAAAGAGACAUCAUUGUAAACACCACCCUGAAAAGUGUGCUUAUCACCGACAAAAAAUCAUUGACAAACUAUUACGAAAAAUAAAUUAUUUUGGACAAAAAUAUGGUGGAUAUGAUUAUGGAAAUGCUUACAACGAUGAACUCGUGACCGGAUAUCAAAAUCACCACCAUCAAGAGAAUCACAAACAAGGGAUGCAAGGGUAUUACAAUCCCCCCCUUCCGGUGACAGUUGUGCAAAAACAAUUGCCGAUCGAAUAUCAAAGAGAGUUUUCAAAAGAGACUUAUAACGAGGACCCAAAAGAUUAUCGAAUAUACCCAGUACCUCUUGUCCCACUACCACACAAGGUCGAAUAUCCAAUACAACAUCAAAACAAUUAUAGAAAGGAAUUCCAAAUAGGAUUUCGAAAAGAAUACUAAGAUGUAUCACAAAAGCCUUAGUACGUAUGAUUGACUUUUUUAAAUUGCUUAAAUCUUGUACGACGAAUAAAAAAAUACAUCGAAUGUAUAAACAAUUAUUAUUUUGUUUAUGAUUCAAAUAAAUUGUAUUUCUACCAUUUGUAGAAUUUAAACCUAACAUAAAUAUGACAAACAUUUUGUUGGUAUUUUUAAAUAACAUAUGCGUUUUACAUUUUAUUCUUAAAUAAAAUUUUUUGUAUUUUAAUUUGUACAUAACAAUUGUAAGGAUAAAUCAAAUUAUAAUUGUUUUAAAAUAAUAAAAAUAGUUGUUUUUUUUAAAA